AUGGAACAUUCGAAUGGUAAUAGUAGGUCUCGAUCUGACCAAUCAGAGUCGAUUCAAUUACAGUCAUCUGGUGGCAGUAGCAAGCGCAAACUCUAUGCCAUUGAGGAGCAUGAGGAGAGCUCGCCGGUGACUGUGAUUGAAGAGCUGGAGGCAGAGACAGCCUACGAUGCCGAUGUCGAUGAGUUGGAACAGCCCAUACAGGGUCCAUGCACUAUGAUCAGUAAGUUGGCCACGGAGCGUGAGAUUAUCUACGAGCUCUUUCAGCCUUGGGCAUUAAAAACCUAUGGGGAUCAGGCAAAGACCAAGACGAUAACUUUGCGCAAGAAGGCGCGCAUUUUGAAGGCCUUGGAGGGCAAGGAGCACAGUCGUCCAGAUAGCUCGAAAUUUCGUUUCUGGGUGAAGACAAAAGGAUUUACCACAAAGCGUCCCGAUGGUUUUGAGGAGACUCCUGGCAGUCGCCGACGCUUGCAACCAUUGCCCAACACAGCGAUUCUCUCUGAUAAUCCUGGAGCCGUUGAUUUGUUUGCAGCAUCGGCCAGCAAGGAAUUCGGGCGACGCAACUACCGCAAGGUGGCCUGUGUCGAAGAGUUCUUUGAUAUUAUUUACAAUGUUCAUAUGGAAUUAGGUGGACGCAGUGGCAUGCAUGCGGGUCAGAAACGCACUUAUCGCAUUAUAACCGAAACCUACGCAUUUCUGCCACGUGAAGCAGUCACGCGUUUCCUUACCAUUUGUCCAGAAUGCAAAAAGAAUCUCAGACCCUCUUCACCCUCAUCGGGGGCUUUGGGUGCCUGCAAAGAUGCCGAUUUUGCGGGCAAUGAAAGUUCUUCGGAAGUGGAGAACUAUUUAAAUUAUUCAUCGCACACGGAAAGCUCACUAGAGACGGGUCCGACGGCCAAAAGACGUCGUCACUCUAGUGCCGAUCUUAAGGGUUCCAUGCCAUUGGCAGCAACUAGUGCUCCACAGUUGGAUGUGAAGUCGGUGGCUUUGCCAGACGCAACCACCGCACCACCAAGCCCCACUCGUGUGGCUGAUGCCAUAACCACGCCAGUGAGCGUGCCCAAAAUUCGAGUCAAGCCCCAAUUGCAGCGUCCCUUAAGUCCACCUAACCCAAGUCAGACAGAGCUAAAAGAGGGAGCCACUGCCAGUCCAACGCCAUGUUUUGAUAUUGAAAUGCUCAAGUCGCGCGAUAAUCUUCUAAGAUACUAUGAUUUCAUGAGACGUUUCUAUGGUGGCAGCGGCGGCUCAUCGAUGCUCAGUCAACCGGUUUUAGGACCGCCUCUUUAUGGCAGUAGCCUACUACAGAGUCUUACCUAUCCAACUACCACCACAGCCCUCAGCACCGCCACACCAACCACCUCAAUACAGACAGCCACUUCCAAUACACAAACACACACAAAGACACCAUCAACCCCCUUAGCAACAACUAGCAAAUUCUUAGCCCCUACUCCGUCUCCUGAGCCAUCUUCUCAAGGGCCAAUGAUCACUUUAAAAUCCUCACCGGAUAGCUUGACACGGGCACGCUCACCCCUGGUAACAUUGCCAGCCACGCCCACUGUAGCCCCUUCUCAGCCUAUUAAGCAAAUUUCUUCAUUGCAUCAAACACCCAUUAAUCUGAGUAAACCUUUAUUUUCCAGCUCCAGCAAAUGUCAGCCAGCAUCAACUUCAACACCGGUGCCACUCAAAUUGGAGCUACCGAGUCCACCGAAACCAUUGCCAGAGUUGCGUAUACCCCAGUUGAGGGGCAUGCCGCCAGUUGAGACGCCACUGCCACCUCUGGACUUGGAACGUUUGAAACCCAUUACAUCGACCUAUCUACAAUUGACUCGAAGCAUGGGCCUGAGCGAUGAAGAUGCCUUGCGGUUUGAUAAUUUGGAAACCAUACCAGCAACACCGGCCACAAACACCGACUCGACCAGCAGUGUGGUUGGCGUCGGCGUUGGGAGCGUUGGCGGUGGCGGCGCAACGGCAGGAAGCGUCUUAGGUGAUGUUGUCAGCACUCUGAGCGGCGGAGGAGUUGGUGGUGGACUCGGCAGCGGUGGCAGUACUAGUGAAUCUGAAGCCUAUGCCGGUCUGAUGAAGGAUGCCGACAAACUGAAACUUAUGCUGUUGGCCUGGAACUACCAGAACUCGACAGCGGUGCGAAACGGCACCGAGGGUCCUGACUUGAGUGUAGUGGGUGGCCUGUGGGCUCAAUAUCAGAACGCAUUGGCUCAGAAUGCGGCUGCCGCUGCGGCGGCCAGUGCCAAAAUGGACAGUUCGUUGUCACCAGUGCCGAGACAGGAUACUCACUCGCCGAUGGAGACACAGGAUGAGACUAAUUCGUCUGGACAGAAGGAAGAGGAUGAGGUUUCCGAAGAUGACUCUGAUGACAAGCUGGAUGAGAAAUUGGCCACCACGCACGAUCCGGAGCGCCUCAAGGCCUUCAAUAUGUUUGUACGGCUCUUUGUGGACGAGAAUCUGGAUCGAAUAAUACCCAUCUCAAAGCAACCGAAAGAGAAAA